UUCCGCGGGGAGGAGGAGGAGGAGGAGGCUGGGCGCUGCCGCCGCCGCCGCCGCCUGAGGGAAAGAAAGGAAGCGGCCGAAGAAGGCGGCGGCGCGGAGAUGAGAGGAUGGUGGUGGCGGUGACGCGGAAGGAGGAUGGAGUCUGUAGAUUACUUAGAAGACCUUCCUGAGACAGAUGAGCCUGCCUGGAUUUUAGGAAGACAGCACCACCUGAAAACAGAAAAAUCUAAGCUGCUUUCGGAUAUCGGCUCUCGUCUUUGGUUUACCUACAGAAGAAAAUUUUCACCCAUUGGAGGUACAGGUCCUUCCUCAGAUGCUGGCUGGGGUUGCAUGUUGCGGUGUGGACAGAUGAUGUUGGCUCAGGCUCUGAUCUGUCAACAUUUGGGAAGGGAUUGGCAGUGGGAGGAAUACAAAAAGCAACCAGAAGAAUAUAAAAAGAUUUUGUGCUGCUUCCUGGACAGAAAAGAUUGCUGUUACUCAAUUCAGCAAAUGGCGCAGAUGGGUGUUGGCGAAGGAAAAUCCAUUGGGGAAUGGUUUGGACCAAAUACUGUUGCCCAAGUACUGAAGAAACUUGCACUCUUUGACGAAUGGAAUUCCUUAGCAGUUUACGUGUCUAUGGACAACACUGUGGUGAUCGAAGAUAUCAAAAAAAUGUGCUGGGCCCCCCUCCAGGGUUGCCCCAGGUCUCACUGCAGUUCACUGUCCUAUAGGAGCUCCGUCAACCCAGCCAAGACCUCAGGAGCUCCUGGUGGCAGCUGGAAGCCUCUGUUGCUGAUCGUACCCCUUCGCCUAGGGAUCAACCACAUCAACCCGGUUUACGUCGAUGCGUUUAAGGAAUGCUUUAAGAUGCCGCAAUCUUUAGGAGCUUUAGGAGGAAAACCAAACAAUGCCUACUACUUUAUAGGAUUUCUGGGAAAUGAAUUGAUCUACCUGGACCCUCACACCACCCAGGUCUUUGUAGAUUCGGAUGAGAGUGGUGCAGUUGAUGACCAUAGCUUCCACUGCCAGCAAGCCCCCCACCGGAUGAAGAUAAUGAACCUCGAUCCCUCUGUAGCAUUAGGAUUCUUUUGUAAAGAAGAAAAGGACUUUGAUAACUGGUGUAGCUUUGUGCAAAAGGAGAUACAUAAGAAGCAGAGUCUACGAAUGUUUGAGCUGGUUCAGAAGCACCCACCACACUGGCCCCCUUUCAUACCUCCCACAAAACCAGAAGUCACCACCACCGGAGCAGAGCUCAUUGACUCCACGGAUAAGCUGUUUGAAAUGGAAGAAGAAUUUGAGAUCUUGAGCGUAUGAAGGCAACCUGGCGGAGUAAAACCACAGCGCCUUUCUCACCCUGAAGUGCCUGCCUGUGAACAGACCCGAGACCUCAGGAGAACAGUUCCCCAAAAAGCACUUCUUGAGAAGGGCAUGGAUCCUGGUUCCCCAGCCCCUGUGUUUGUCCACCCCACCCCCCACCCCCGCUUCUCCCCAAGGAAAGAAUCUCGUCUGCGGAAGAGCUCUCAAGAGAACCCCGAAGCAAGAACUGGCUCGUCAUAUUGCUGAGAACGGUCUUGCCAGCCUCAACAAUAGCCGGAUGG